AUGGCGUACUUAUUUGUUAUCGUUGAUGUUCCGAGUCACAAGACUAAUCGAUGUGAACCGUUAAAAUAUCAGCAAGUUUCAACAAUCAAAUAUAUAUUUAAUUUGGCUUAUUGGCGUGAAUUUCAUAACAAUGAACAAACUGAUCAGACGUCGUUGUGUGAUAUACCCGACGAACUAAGGUUAAUUUCAAAUGCCAUUUGUCGAGCAUACAACUUGGGCGAUUGUAGGCGUCUACCUUGUCGAAUGAUUUACGCGUCGUCGAAUACAUUAGAAGAUAUUAAAUGUAUGAAUGGUGGUCGAAUAUUGAAAAACCAUGACGAUCAUUUGAUCGAACAUCAAUCAAAUUUUCGAUGUAAACGUGGUUAUACGUUAGAUUUAUUUUUAAAACAAUAUGCUCAUGCAGGAUAUCCAUCCAUCAUCGCAGAUCCAUUGACUCCUAUCUCGAACGAAUUAUAUCACGACGUAUUAAAUAAUAGAUUUCGUACCUGUGAUAGUAUGUGGGGAUUCAUAUUCAAUUUCGAAUCAAUUGGUCAUUAUCCUUGGACUACCGAUAAUCAAAACCUAAAGCUAUUCGAUAUAACUUUUGGUUAUGAUCGGUCACUGUACGAUCUUAUUCCAGCUCCUUGGCUAUUUAAUUAUGUUGAAAAAUUGAAGUUUAAUUCAAAGAGAAUGUCUGUCGAGAAAGUAAUGUCUAGUAAAAAACCAAUUUAUUCUGUGAUGUCGUCAGAUGUCUAUUGGACCAAUACACACACAAUUUCACAGAUGCAAAACCAGAUCAUCAAUGUAUCGCAUGUACAAGCACCAAUAUUGUGGAUGAACAGCAACUGUAAAACAAUAUCAAAGCGCACGGAAUACAUGCAUGAAUUAAUGAAAUAUAUAGAUAUAGAUAAUUACGGAACGUGUGGUAAUAAUAUUCGCAACUUACCAGAUCAUAUUGUAAAAAUUCAACAGUCAAGCAAUCGAAACUUAAAAGAUCGCGGUAGCUACAGUUGGGAAGAAGGGAAAUUGGCAUUAUCAAAUGAAUAUUUGUUUACUAUUGCUAUUGAAAACAGUCUUAAUUAUGAUUAUGUAACGGAAAAACUAUGGCAUCCAUUGGUGGCUGGAAGUAUACCUAUUUAUCUCGGCGCUCCAAAUAUUGAAGAUUGGUUACCAUGUAAAACGACGUGUAUUAUUGAUUUAAGAAACUUCCAAGCUCCAAAAGAUGCGGCUCUCUACAUUAGAAAAGUUGCAACCAAUAGAACAUUGUAUGAAAGUUAUCACCAAUGGAGAAAUGAGCCGCUGCGUAAAAAUUUUCAAAACAUACUCAAUUAUUUUCAGAACAUCAGUGAUUACAGUCUUGAUUGUAUACUGUGUGAUAUGUCAUAUCAAGUCGGACAAGGAGAGAAUCCAAUUGAAAUAAAACGAAAGCUUAAGACAAUGAUCGGUCAUUUUUAA